GGUGUGCUCACGUGCUUACGAAACUGAGAUACAGUGACACACAAAGAACCACAAUAAAUAUGUAAAUGAACGGGCUUAGGCAUCGGGAAGCAAGCAGCGCGACGCGUGAACGAGCGACCACAGACCGCCCAACAGCCUUUCCUGUUCCCAAUUAUCUCGCAGGCUAACGAGCGCGCCCGAGCUCGACCCUUGGCCUUAGCAGAGCCCCGAGUGCCUCCCACCAGGAGCAUUAGUGCCGUGCCCAAGUCCCACAGGUACCCGGCGGGCGAGGGGCGGCAGGUGACCAGGGGCGGCGGCCGCAGAGGGCGACGCGGCGCCUCACGUGCUCGUCGAGUGUAAACAAACCUCAGCUGGAGGAGGACGUGUCCCCGCCUCUCUCCUUGGCACUGGGCACCCCUCGCCUCGCCGCUGGGCACGAACAUGCCCUCGGCACCAGGACUGUAGAAUAAGCAUCUGGACUCACAAGAGUUAUCAGUUGGGCAGAGGAAGAGCCAACCACAGCCAUGUGUGGUGAACGCUGCCAUAUUGUGUGUUCGCAGUGGAGGCUGUGGAUUAGGCCACUGGUGUUCUUUUUGUAUGGUGUGAUUAUCUUGGGCUUUGUCCCCUAUCUGGUGUACACAUUGGUUAUUCAAGGAAUAGACACAUUGCUAAUAGCAUGGCUCAUUGGAGGAAUCUUUGUGUUCAUGGCUAUUCCCAUAACCAUAUGGGAAAUAGUCCAGCAUCUCAUCAACUACACCAAGCCCAAACUACAAAAACAUAUUAUCAGGAUAUUGUGGAUGGUACCAGUGUAUGCUCUCAAUGCGUGGCUGGUGUUGGGUUUCCCAAAAUGGGCCCCCUACCUGGACGCAGCAAGGGAGUGCUACGAGGCCUAUGUCAUCUACAAUUUCAUGAUGUUCCUUUUGAAUUUCCUGGAUGACGAAAUGGACCUCGAUGCAACGAUGGAGACCAAGCCACAGACAGAGCAUUUCUUCCCACUGUGUUGCCUCAAACCAUGGAGGAUGGGGAGGGAGUUUAUCCACCGCUGCAAGCACGGCAUCCUACAAUACACUGUAUUCCACCUCAUGACAACGUUUGUAGCCUUCGUUUGUGGUCAGGCUGGAGUGUAUGAAGAAGGAAAAUUGUCUCCCACAAAUGUAUGUUAA